CUUAAAGUUGAAACCACAGAUAAGCCGGGAGUCUUUGUGAAUUUCCGCAAGCUGCUGCUAAACCGAUGCCAGAAGGAGUUCGAAAAGGACCAAGUUGACGACGAGAUCUUCGAGAGGAAGCAGAAAGAGCUGGAUGCUGCCACAGUGCCGGAGGAGAAGCAGCGUCUCACUGAGCAGCUGCAGCGUGAGAAAGACAACGCCCGCAGGCGCUCGAUGGGCAACAUGAAGUUCAUCGGAGAGCUGUUCAAGCUGAAAAUGCUCACAGAGGUCAUCAUGCACGACUGCAUCGUGAAGCUUCUGAAGAACCACGACGAAGAGUCUCUGGAGUGCCUCUGCAGACUGCUGUCCACCAUCGGAAAGGACCUCGACUUCGAGAAGGCCAAGCCUCGUAUGGACCAGUACUUUAAUCAGAUGGAGAAAAUCAUAAAGGACAAGAAGACCAGCUCCAGGAUCCGCUUCAUGCUGCAGGACGUGCUGGACCUUCGACGGAGCUCGUGGGUCCCCAGGAGAGGCGAACAGGGCCCGAAGACGAUCGAGCAAAUCCACAAAGACGCCGAGCUGGAGGAGCAACGGGAGCAGAUGAAGGUGCAGCAAGCCUUCAUCUCUAAGCCGUCAGGAGGCCACGGAGGCAGAAACGACGGAGGAAGGAACGACGGAGGAAGGAACGAUCGAGGGGGCCGUGGGGGCCGCGAGGGCCGUGAAAACCAGGGCCGAGGGCAACCUCCCCAGGACGAAGGCUGGAACACAGUGCCCAUCUCCACCAAAAACCGACCCAUUGACACCUCUCGGCUUAGCAAGAUCACUAAGACCCCUGUUCUUGACUUCAACAAUCAGGUCCUGGGCCCCGGUGGUAAAGGCAUGUUUGGCAGCUGGGGGAAGGGCAGCAGCGGGGGCAGCACCACUGCUAAACCUGCAGAAGCCGGCCCAGAGCAGCCAGCCGGCCGCCCAGCCACCAACACGGGGAACAGAUUCUCCGCCUUACAGCAGGCGACCUCCGGCUCCUCGGCUGCUCAGGACUCAGACAGACGAGUCCCUCAGAGAAACAGCUCGAGUCGAGAGCGCGGCGACCGUUUCGAUCGCUCGGGCCGCGGCAACGAUCGCUUCGACCGGCGUGACGACCGCGACAGAAACCGCCUGCAGGUCACCAAGCGCAGCUUCAGCCGGGAGAACGAGGGGAGCCGCGAGCGGGAGCAGCGCGGGUCGGCAGAUCCCGUCCGCCGCGUCGCCAGCAUGACCGACGACAGAGGGAGCCGAGAGAGAGCCAGGAGCAAAGAGGACGUGACACGAGAGAAAACUGACACCCCUCCUCCCCCCCCGGCCUCCACCAAGCCCACGCUGACGGAGGAGGAACUGACCAAGAAAUCCACCGCCAUCAUCGAGGAGUAUCUGCACCUCAACGACAUGAAGGAGGCUCUGCAGUGUGUGCGUGAGAUGAGCAGCACUCAGCUUCUGUUCCUCUUCGUACAAACUGGCCUGGAGUCGACGCUGGAGCGCAGCACCAUCGCCCGAGAGCGCAUGGGCCUCCUGCUGCAGCAGCUCAUCAAAGCCGGCACUCUGCCCAAGCAGCAGUACUACAACGGGCUGCAGGAGAUCCUGGAGGUGGCUGAAGACAUGGCCAUCGACAUCCCUCACAUCUGGCUGUACCUGGCAGAGCUGAUCUCCCCCAUGCUGCACGAGGGAGGCAUCCCCAUGGGGGAGCUUUUCAGGGAGGUUUCCAAACCUUUGAUUCCUCUGGGCCAAGCCGGAGUCCUGCUGGUGCAAAUCCUCAACUUACUGUGCAAAGAAAUGAGCCAUAAAAAGGCGGGAGCGAUGUGGCGAGACGGCGGUCUCCGGUGGAGAGACUUCCUCCCCGAGGACGUCGACGUCAACAAGUUCGUGACUGAGAAGGUGAGGAUAUUUACUAACAUAUAAAUACAGUUGUUAAUC